AUGUAUAAAACUAUAAUAGCAGUAAGCAAAACUUAUAAGGAACUUAAUUGCGUUUUCGCGAUAUGUGACGGAGGUCUAGUGAGCGAAAUGCGGGGCGCUCACUGCAGGAGGACCGCGGCCUGGCUCGCCGCGCUCGCGACUCUCCUGCUUUCUUGUCCGCCGCUGAGCUCGGCACUUAAUAUGUCUACAACUACGGAAUUUGAUCCUUCUCAACGUGGCAAGAAGAUGUACGGCGACUCCUGUACCACGGUGGUGGAAUGUGGGUAUCCUGAUUCGAUAUGUGAUGACAACAUCUGCCGCUGUGAUCCUUCUAUGCCGAUUACCAAUGAUUUUGACAAAUGUGCAAAGGCUGCCGGAAUAAACGAGUCGUGUAUGUUUAACCAGCAAUGCGAAGCUACUGUGAUCAAGACACACUGCAGGAACGAACGUUGUGUCUGCAUGUACGAGAUGGUGCCUGAGGUUACAGCGACUGGUGAAAUUAUUUGUAAAUCUCAAAAGUAUGUAGAAGAAUCCACACGGACUCUCGAUCCAGCAAUGAUUGGCGUUUUGGUGGGCAUGGCUCUGAUGUUUGUGAUCAUUUGCGUCGUUCUCAGGCUAUUCAGCAGGGCUCGUUGGAGGGAGAACCGAACAAUUUUUAACACACCCAACCCCCGGCUGAUGAACGUUUCCUUACUACGUGAUUCUAAACUAAUUCAUUCCCAGGAUCGUCGUGGUUCGCGUUUAAGCAUGCGUCCGCCCUCGAGACAAGCUAGUCAGCAGGAACUAAGACCUCAUUCGCCUAGUCCAGUUCCCGAUUACCGCUCUUGUUCAAUGUUUUAUAUUAUAUUAUUCCAUCAAUUUGUACUGUUAUUAAAAUGUAUACAUGAUUUCAUCUACCUACAGCACGCCAUCAUCAAAGCCAUCAGCUACACCGAAAGUCCUCAGGAUCAAGGCGUGGGUCUCGGACAAGUAGUGGGCAUUCAGCCACAUCCUUAA